AUGGACCCACAAUCAGAUAGAGACGCAUAUCAACAACUAGGACAACGUUUAAAUCAACAACAUUCCGAACAGCUCUCAACGCAACUUCAAGUAUUCCGAUCAGCAUUAAUCAAUUUCGUCAAUGAUUACAGUACUGAAAUCAAGAGCAAUGGUGAGUUUCGAUCCAAAUUCAACCAAAUAUCUCAACUGAUUGGAAUGGAUCCAUUAGAUCUACUAAUCUAUUCAAACUCCAAUUCCAACGCUACGAGCAGAAGCAACACUAGCAAACGAGAUUCCAACAAUUUCGUUACUGGUUUAUCAGUCAAAAUUGUCGAAAUAUGCCAAGAAACACGAGAUUUAAAUGGAGGCCUCAUUUCCAUACGUGAAUUACAAUCAAUCUUGACUGACAAUUCAUCUGACUUGAAAAUCGACAUAUCCACUAAACACAUUGAACAAGCAAUAACAAUUUUAAAUUCAAUGGGUCAAAAUUAUCAACUUAUUGUGAUCAACAAUGAAUCAUGGUUGAAAUUUUCGUCAAUCGAAAAUCUAUCGAAUGAUCAGUUGAAGAUUUACGAAUUGUGUGGGUUCAUGGGUGGGUUUGUUACGAUGGGCUUGAUUAGAGAUAAUUACGGUUGGGAUAAAAUAAGAUGCAAGAGUGUUAUUGAUGAAAUGAUUAUGAAUGGGAUUUUGUGGGUUGAUGAGCAAGGUGAAGAUGAGUGGCACUAUUGGGAACCAUCCUGGAUAUCUCAUUGA